CAUUAUUUAAUAACACCAUAUUAAAGGACAUGUUCUCAGUCUAAUAGUUUUGUCGUAGUAUAUAGUGGAUCACUUAUACUGACACAACUGUUUUGGAUCAUCUUCCUCACCCUUCUCCUUUUCUCUCUCUCUCUAUAUCUCUGGUAUCAAUAUAUAUAUUACCUUACCGACUGUUUAUUCUGGUGACAUCUGUGCCCUUCUCUCUCUCUCUCUCUCUUCCAUACAAUUAUGUGUAUAGAGACACAGCUUGCUUUAUUCCAUUAGAUCUGAAAAAGACCAGUUACCCAACCUCAUACAUCAUUUUACUAAUUCCAAAUCACCCUCUUUGAUGAGGAUCACAGGUGCCCAUCAAACACACAAGAACCUCCCUUCCUUCCACUUCUCUUCCUUAUGCAUGAAAUCAUUCAAUUGCUGAGUAUGUUUGCCUCUGCAAAAGGAAACUGAAAACUGAACCUAACUAGCUUUCCCACCCCCACAACCCCAAAAACCAAACCUUCUUUAUUUUCUCUCAACUUUUUUUUCCUCCCUCUUUCUCUCCCCACUUUUACCAUGUCACCCGAUGACACACCACCUUCAAAGCCCGCCACAGCAACCACAACAACAACAACAGACCAAGAGACCCAAAGUUCAGGUGGCAGAAAAGGCUCCUCCACAAGGCCCCAUGAGCAAGGCCUCAAGUGUCCACGAUGCGACUCACCCAACACCAAAUUCUGCUACUACAACAACUACAGCCUCACACAGCCAAGGCAUUUCUGCAAGACAUGUAGAAGAUACUGGACAAAAGGUGGGGCUUUGCGUAAUGUCCCUAUUGGCGGUGGAUGCAGGAAGAACAAGAAGGUGAGGUCAUCGAGGCUCUCGUGUGACUCCAAGGACUCUGGUUCCUCCUCUUCAGACCUUGGUGGCCUCAAGUUCCUUCAUACCCUUCCUCCUUCCAUGGACUUUCACCUUGGAGGGUUACCCUUCCCUAGGCUUCACCAUCACCCUCCACCAACAUAUAACCAAUUUUCCUCUUUUGGGGACACUUCCAGCGCUUCUUCCUGUUUCAACCUUGACCCUUCUCCCGGCACCACCUCAAGUUCUUUCGCUGCUCUUAAUUACCCUUUCUCUUACAAUGGUGCAAUCCAGGGUAUGAGCGCUAUGAAUGUUCACAGUGGUCACGCCUCUUCCAUUGAGUCUUUGAGUUCUAUGAACCAGGACUUGCACUGGAAGCUGCAGCAGCAGCGAUUGGCAAUGCUGUUCGGUGGAGAUAACAGCCAGAAAGAUCACAGUGGUGGUGGUGGUGGUGGUGGGGUGUCAACGACGAUUAACCAGCUGGAGAACCAGACACAGAAACCACAACCCAUUUUGUUUCAAAAUCUUGAGGUUUCAAAGGGAGGGAUUUUCCCCGUUGAGAACUGUAGAAAAGAACAUGGUCCAUGUGGGGACACACACACACCCUCCACUGAGUGGUUCUUUGGGAAUUCUUAUGCCUCGGUGACUCCUCCUACAGCUACUACUACCAGUAGUGGUGGCCCAGGGAAUGAUAAUGCAAGCAAUUGGAGUAGCGGUGUGAAUGCUUGGGGUGAUGUGCCGCAGCAAUAUACUGCUUUGCCCUAGCUAGCUAGAUGUGAAAGCACGAGGGAGGAUAAAGAGGAGUAAGAGGUAGAUCUUUUCUUUAUAACUUUUGGAAGAAUUUAAUAGGCCAACUCUGAUAAUUAAUUGUCUUAAACUCCUUUAGGUAUAUGGUAGUUCAUUCUGUCAGUCACUCUUUCUUCUUUACGUUCGCUUCAAAGGAACAUAUAUGUAACAGAUGGCAAAAUUAAGAUCAUAAUGUGUUCAUACACUCUCCAAUUUCAGCUA